AGAGGAGGCGCGUCAUCACCUCGCGGCGGCGGCGUCCUUAGACGAGCAGGGCCUUCCCAUCAUGCACUGGGAGGACCUGAGCCAACGGAUCGCCGAGCUGGAGCAACAGGAGCAGGAGAGGAGGGAAAGGUCAAAGAGCGGGACGGGGAGGACGGAGGACGGGGCAGAGUGGAGACACGUUUGGGACGACGACGACUGCAGGAGGCGUCGAGUCGCCGUCGUCACGUCACGAUUUCACAACCACAGAAACCUGCAGCUGUGCUUCAUCAACAACAGCGACAGCGACGAUGACGAGGAGAGCAACGAAAAGGUUCCCAACGGUCGCCGCGGCGCCGGGCUGAAACAGGAAGUGGCGACGGCUCUGAGGACGCUGAGAGACAAAGUGCUGGCAGAGCAGAAGGAGAGCGAGCGUCUGGCCGGCAGCAGCUGUGUGGCCGAGCGGAAACAUCUGGAGCGUUGGGAGCUACAGGAGCGCUCAGUGCUGCAGCUCAGCAGCUUGAGAGCAUCACUUCAACAGGAAGUACACGCUCUGAGCUCUGAUCUCGUGGCUCACCUGUUGGUACGAGACCAGCUGAGGACGAAGCAGGACGCCAUGCUGCUGGACGUGCAGGACCUGACCUAACGCCUCCACUACGGGAACACCCGGGCGCUCCGGGACCAGGUUCUACCGCUCGUUAGCCGAGACGAGUCUUCAACUUCAGCUCAGCUGAUAAUUUAUCUGAACCGACCAAUCGCUGACGUCCGGAGCCGCAGAGAGAGAAACGACGGAAUCAGCUGCAGACUCUUCAGGUCGUACAGGAUUUACCCGACGACAAAAGGAAUUAUGACUCGGUACACGACAGCAAGAGAAGAAAGUUUCAACAAAGACUUCAGUUGGGUUGUUUGGAGUGAAGACAGCGACGUCUGUAAAGCAUCCGAAGAGAAACACAACACAACUUGUGGAUUUUCUUUAACAUUUCUUCCAAACUUCACUUGGCCAGUCGCUGUUUUGGUCGACUCAUUCAUCUCCUCAGGAUCUGAUAUUUUCAGGUUUGGGUCCAGUUUUAUUUUAAUCGUACCAGUUAAGUAAACGUCCGGAAGGGAAGAAGAGGUGAAGAAGGUCCAGUUCAACCACAGAACGUCACAGCGCCCCCUGGUGGCCGUUCUGGUCUUGCGGAUGUUGGUUCAUGUUUCCGAUCAGUUAUUUGAUUCUAUAAACGGAGCUGUGACGUCAUGACUGACGGCUGGAACCGGCUCCUGAUUGGUCGGACUCGUCUUCAUGUUCGGUCUGUGGUCAGAAGUUGUUGUUCAUGCACCGGCGACGAGGCGUUGAGUUUCAGAUGUUGCACUUUUCUUUGACACCAGGUUUCUGAUCGGAAGUGUGAACGGAGGAGUUUUUGUUUCAGUUGGCCGUCACAAACCAGCUUUUGGUCUAUUAAGUCCAUUUCUGAAUCUUCUCAUCCUGUUUAUGCAGUUAAAAUGUUCACCAUGUCAUGUUGGUAUCAUUUAUUUCACCCGAUCAUUAUUUUUUAAUAAUUUUAUCAUGACUCAAGUAUCGGGAUAAAAUCAUACAUUAUUUUACUUUGACUCACUGGAUCAACACAAAAAAACCUGAAAUCCGAUUCAGGAAAUUAUGUUAUUUUUACUCUCAGUGAAGAGUUUUAAAUGUUGUUUCCAAAUCUAACGAGAACAUCUAGUUCUGUAUUUUACACUAAAUAUACAGGUGCAUCUCAAUAAAUUAGAAUAUGAUAGAAAAGUUUAUUUACGUCAGUAAUUCAAUUCAAAAAGGUUAAAUAACACAUUAUAUAGAUUACAUUACACACAGAAUGAAACAUUUCAUGUCCUUAUUUAUUUAAUUUCUUCUAAUUAUAAUGAUUAUGGCUUACAUUUAAUGAAGACCUAAAAUUAAGUGUCUCAAAAAAAAUGUGAAUAUUAGAAUACCAAUUUUAAAAAGUAUGUUUAAUAUGUAAAUGUUGGCCUCUGAAAAGUAUGUCAUCUAUAUGACUCAAUACUUGGUUGGGGAUGUUUUACUUGAACUACUGAAAUGGACUUUUCAUCAUAUUCUAAUUUAACGAGAUGAUCACGUGAUUAUGAUGACGUGCGAUGGCGGCGCGAUUUCAAAUGGAGGGCAGGAAGUAAACAUCAGUAGCCUGAACAUGGAGGAAAACAUCGUCCGCACAAUCACCCGCUAACAUUAGCACGCUAGCUCGCCUGUAUCAAUCACAUUGCAGUUAAACAAAUCAAAUAAAUGAAUGAAACAUGUUUAAGUUGGUCUCUCUCAACGGGACGAGUUGGUCUUAGUCUCGCUAGCCCGCUAAUGUGAGCACGCUAUCGAUCGCCUGCUAACGUUAGCACGCUAUUGAUUGGCCACUAACGUUAGCACGCUAGCUGGCCUGUAUUAAUCACAUUGCAGUUAAACAAAUCAAAUAAAUGAAUGAGACAUGUUUAAGUUAGUCUUUGUCUCGCUAGCCGGCUAAUGUUAGCACGCUAUCGAUCGGCCACUAACGUUAGCAUGCUAGCUUGCCUGUGUCAAUCACAUUGCAGUUAUUUAAAUUAAUGAUACACAUUUUAGUUGGUCUCCCUCAACGGCACCGAGUUGGUCCUGGUCUCGCUAGCCUGCUACCAAUCACCUGAAAACGUUAGCACGAUAUUGAUCGGCCGCUAAUGUUAGCCCGCUAACCCGUAUCAAUCACAUUGCAGUUAAACAAAUCAAAUAAAUGAAUGAAACAUGUUUUAGUUGGUCUCUCUCAACGGAAAACGUUUUUUACCCAUUUAAAAAAAAGUUUUGUUUUUUGUAAAGAAUCUCAAAUAUGUAUUUUAAUGUCUCGAUGAGUGGCAUCGUUCACGUCGUCGUGGCGACUUUUCGUCUCUCAGAUUUGAGGCUUUGACGCGACUCAAUGAAUCUUUGGGAUCAACUUUUUAUUCAGCUUUCAUGUUCAGAAAUCAUCCAGAUGUUUUUCUUCAAGCCUUAUUUUAUUACUUCAGUAAUAAAUAUUAACAUUUUUCCAUUUUAAAUAAGUUUAAAGGAAAUUAAAUUAAUCCUGUAAAUAAGUAAAAGUACUAAAAGAAAAUUAUAAAAAGUUAAAGUUUAUAUUUGAUAUAAGGUACAGAAAUGUUUCCAUCCAAUAAUUUAAUUUUUUUAAAGCAUUUACAGCCAGUGAAUUGUGUUUUUAUUAUUAUCAUGCAAUUUAUGAUAUGAAAUUAUUUGUUGGUACAGUCAGAUUUUUAUUGUUUCAGACAUUAAAGGGAAAAAUCCACUUAAAACAGAUUUUUAAUAUUUUAACUCAAAGUUCGUCGCCACGGAAAUGUCUCGCAGUUUUUUUUUUAAUUUUCAUGAAUUUUUGGGGAUGUGAAGUUUUAUUCUGCAGUAAUUUAGCCGAUAAUAUUUAGAUAAUUUAAAAUGUGCCUUAUAAAGAAAUUAUAUUUUAUUCCCACAUUCUGAGCUUUCGUGUCUUUUUUUGGUUUCUUUUGUGUCUUUUUUUGUUUCUUUUUUUGUUACUUUCGCGUCUUUUUGGUCAUUUUUGUUUCUUUUGUGUCUUUUUUUUCUGUUUUGUGUCUUUUUGUUUCUUUCGCGCCAUUUUUUGUUUUUUGUGUCGUUUUUUUAUUCUUUUGUGUCUUUUUUUGGUCAUUUUGUGUUUUUUUGUUUCUUUUGUGUCUUUUUUUGUAUCUUUUCUGAAUGUCAUUUUCAUGAGGAAACUUUUUAUUCAUAAUUAUUUAAAGUCACACUGAAAUAAUAUUUUAUAGACAAACAUAAAUAUUUUGUGUUCCUGUUUGUUUCAUUGUGACUUUAAGAAUAUUUAGAGAUGUAUUUAAAAAAACCAACGCUGUAUAUAAAAUUAAUUACAAAUGUAAAACAUUAAUUCUGAAAUAUAUUUUGAUGCGUAACAGUUUUAUUUGGCGUCUCGUUUAUUGUGUCUGUGUUUUGGAUUUUUAUGUAAAUAAUCUGAAGAUAAAGUUCAGAGAAGUUGAAGAGUAAAAUCUGGUUGAGUAGAAACAGAAACAGCAGCUUCGCCACCAAUGACACAAACAUUAGUUUCAGCGCGACAUGAAUCAUUUUGUUGGAAGUGGAUCUGAAUUUAUUCACACUAAUGAGACGUUUGGUGUGAAAAGACUGG